AUGUUGUUUUUAUCUUUUAGAAUACAAAAAUAUAAUAACAAAAUGAAAAGAAUGACAAAAUCUAAUGAUAAAAUCGAUUCACAGGAACCUGUUAGAAAUGAACCUUCUAAAGAAGAACGAAGAAACAUUGUUUUGGCUACUAAUGCAGUUAUAACCUUGUAUGCGCUAUGCUAUUGGAUACAAAUUGGCGUCAUGCCAUACCUGACACGAAAUCUUGGUGUUGAUGCUAAAAUGUUUGGAUAUCUUCAGUCAGUUUUUGCAUUUGUCCAGUUAUGUGGUGGACCAUUAUAUGGACGUUUUGGUGAUUUAUUUGGUGGAAAAUACGCUCUUAUUAUUGCUUUUAUGUCAUGCGUUGCGUCUUUUGGAUUAUUAUCUGUCGCAGCUACCAUUCCUGUUUUGUUUCUGUCUCGAUUACCUUCUGUUCUAAUGCACUGCAUGCAAGGUGCUCAAAUGGUUAUUACCGAUGUCACUACAAAAGAAGACCGUGCCAGCGGUAUUGGCAAACUUGGUAUCUCUUACGGCAUUGGGAUGGUCAUAGGUCCUCUUCUCGGUGGCUUCAUAACUGAUCAUUUUAAUGAACAAGCAGCUGCUUUUAUGGCUGCUUUGGGCUCAGUACUAAGUAUUGGUAUUGUAAUUUGGACUGUCCCGGAGAACACAAAAGAUUACAAUCCAGAUAACAGAAAAAAGGGAGAAUCAAAAUCAUCUGGAUCGCUAUUCGACUAUGAAAAGUAUGCAAGCAUAUUUCAAGUACCACACUUCACAUAUCUGUUUGCAAUAAAAAUUAUUACUGGCUUGCCAAUUGGCAUUUUUCAAGCAAUGUUCUCAAUUUUUGCAAUGGAUUAUUUUCAUCUCGAAGCGAAACAUAAUGGAAUGGUUUUAUCUUAUGUAGGAGUGAUGAGUAUGAUUGUUCAAGGUGUGGGCAUUCCUUUUCUUACAAAAAAUCAUUCAGAAUCCAAUCUGAUAAAAUAUUCGGUUCUUGCAACCACUGUUGGGUAUUUCUUGUUGACAUUUGUUCAAAACAUUUAUGUGUUCAUGGUUAUCUUACUACCGUUAAUUUGUGGAGGUGCUGUUCUUACUGUUAUUAUAACAAGUGUGAUCACGAAAACAGUUCCAUCUGCAGACACUGGUGCAGCUCUUGGUUUAUCCAUGGCAACUAAUUCAUUGAUUCGAACCAUCUCACCAACAAUAGGUGGUUUAUUGUAUACUACAUUUGGUUUUCCUGUGUUUGGCGUUAGUGGCACGCUUGUAAAUGGGUUGUUAUUUGUUUAUUUAUUUGUCAAUGGAAAAGAGAGCUUAUCAUCAUAACUGAUUUUUGUCGGAUGGUGAGUUUUCAUAAAAAAACGAUUUCAGAUUUUAUCACAGACAACAAUAACCACCUCGUCAAACAAUCAAAAUUCAGAGACCUGAUGUAAAUUUUGUAUUGUAUAGUUGCGCAUUAUGAAAUCUGAUUUUAUUGUAUUUAUUUAUUAUUCUAUUUUUAUGCACUAUUUUUUGAAGAAUGAAAGUAAAAUUUAUUUGUAGGAAAGGUAGAAUGUCUAUGUUGAAUUGUACAGAUUACUUUUCUUAAAUAUGUUUUAAAACAAUCUGAAAUAAUAGAUGACUGUUUUUCUUUUGAAAUGUUGAUUGCUACAGUCUAUGGACUAGUAAUCUAAAGUAUGCCGAAAAUUGUCCUCGUAAAAAGUUUGAUAUUGCAUUGUAUGUAUGAGAUGUAUUUUUUUUAUAGUAAUGUUGUUUUUACCUGUGAAAAACGCAAAAGUUUGUACAGUGUUAAAACUUUGCAUUUUGUUGCAUAGUCCCAUUGACAACACUACAAGUUUUUGUUAAAUCUGUUUUUCUAUCAGUCUUUGUCGAAGCUGUUUUAUUUAUGUGGCAUGAUCAGCUAAUUUAAUUGUUUUUUUU